UUGGCGGGAGCUGAGGCCGCGCCCCCACCGCGCUCAGGCCACGCCCCCCGAGCGGGACCGAGCGCGGAUUCCGGUGCCCCCAUGGACGAGCGCCAGACCGCCCUGGCCGUGGUCCAGGAGCUCCCGGAGGAGCAAUUCCAGGCGCUGAAGCUGCUGCUGGAAGGGCAGAUCCCGGGGGGGCUCCUGCUCGCGGCGUCGCGCCCGGAGCUUUGCCGGCUCCUCCUGCAGCGCUUCCCGGGCCGCUCCCGGGCCCUGCUCGCCGGGACCCUCCGGCAGCUCGGCCGCCCCGACCUCAUCCAGCGGUUCCAGCUGCCCCUGGAGCCGGGAAUUCCCAAUGGUGGAGCCCCCGGAGCGACCCCGAACCCCGCCGGGAACCCGCCGCCCCUGGAACGGCAAAUCCCGCAGGGAAUUCCCAACGGGGAUCCCGCUCGUUCUCUGGGAUCUUCCUCCGGCGCGAUCCCAAAUCCCGCCGGGAAUCGGCUGCUGACGGAGAGGGAUUUGAUGCAAAUCGCCCAGAAGUUGGGCCGGGAGUGGCAGCGGGUGGGAAUUCUGUGCCUGGAGCUGGAGCAGAGCCGCCUGGAGCAGAUCCAGCAGGAGAAUCCCGGCGAUCCCGUCCUCUGGAGUUUCCAGAUGCUCCGGGAGUGGCGGCGGCGGCAGCGACACGAGGCCACGGCGUCGCGGCUCCGAUCCCAGCUGGAGCCCGUCCCGCUGGAUCCCGGGAUCCUCCUCCUGCUCCGGAGCCUCGAGGGGCCCUGAGGGACCCCAGGGACACUCCGGGCUUUGGGGUCCCGCUGGCACCGAAUGGGAACCAUUAAAUGGGGUUUUAUUCCAGAA